GUUGAUUCUGCUGGCCAGCCACAUGGGUAUCGCCCCAUUCGUGUACAUGCAGUAUUCUGUGAAAUCCUCACAAGAUGCCAGCGCCUGGUGACCAACACAAGCCGAACGGCACUACUACCUCCAAUCCAUUCGAAGAGUCUAAACCACGGGUUACCGAGUACACAGCACAAGAGAUCGCGACCCUGCAGAGUCGUCUGGAUAAGCAACUUGGCCCAGAGUACAUUUCAAAUCGAGCAGGCCCUGGCGGUUCAAAAGUUCACUACUUGGCUGCCGACAAAGCCAUCAGCCUUGCCAAUCAAGUGUUUGGUUUCAACGGCUGGAGCAGUUCAAUACAGAACAUACAAAUCGAUUUUGUGGACGAGCAUCCGCAGACAGGGAAGGUCUCUCUCGGUCUCUCCGUCAUUGUUCGUGUCACGCUCAAAGACGGCACUUAUCAUGAAGACAUUGGCUAUGGACAGAUUGAAAAUUGCAAGGGGAAGGCUGCUGCUUUUGAAAAGGCUAAGAAAGAGGGGACUACAGAUGCAUUGAAGAGGACUUUGAGAAAUUUUGGGAAUGUGUUGGGCAAUUGUGUUUACGAUAAGACCUACUUAGCCAAAGUCACCAAGAUCAAAGUCGGGGCUACCAAGUGGGAUCCCGACGCACUCCAUCGCCAUGCCGACUUCGCACCCAAGAAAGAUGCAGAGGUGAAGACGGAAGUGCAUGUUCCUCCCAAGGAACCUUCGCUGGAGUUUGAGGAUGCUUUUGAUGAUGCUGAUUUUGAGGAUUUCGACAAGAUUGAUAUGGAGCAUCCGGAUGAAUUCUUGUUGCCGAAUGAGGCUGCAAACGCACGCGCUGAAUCAGGUGUUGCCAUCACAGCUACUAGGCAUUCGGGUGCACCAGGCAAAUCCGAUUUAGUGACGCCUUCAAAGCCACCCAAUGUCAAUACGACAGGACCUCGUCCGCAAGGAGGGACAUUUGUUUCCACGACCAAUUCUGUAUCAACAAUCGUUCCCCAGCCAUUACCAGGUCAACGGGCUAUUCAUCCAGCCUCGCAUGCCCACUCUCACAAACCCAGCUCACUUUCCGAAACUCGGGCCAACCUAGAUCCCAGUUCAAGAUCGUCAUCACCGAAGCCGGCUUCAAAUGCUGGCCACCCAACAACAGGACCUCAGGGCGCUACUGCACCGGUUCCUCGGCAGAUUGGGUUUUAUUCUGCUCGAGCCGCCGAGGUUCUCGAUGGCAACAACAACGUCGUUGUCGCUGAUCCCAGCGCAGCUCCCAAGUUUGACCCUCACGCGGAAAGUCCGUCGAUCCGCAAAACCUCGGGGGUUAAUCAUCACCGAUCGGCGCCGUUGAAGAGAGAUUUGACGGUGGACACAACCCCUCACCAUACUAACAUCAUCAACCCACAAUUUGAUCAAGCUCGAAAAGUCGGAGCUCCGGGUCCCAACCAUCAAAUGCCAGCAGUACGGGGACCCAGUACCUCGGCAUACCGUCCUCCAACGAGACGAGGACUUGAGACUCAUGGUGCUAGCCCAGGCUCCGUCGUAACACCAGGAGGAGGGGAUAGAGGACUUCCACCUGCGCGGAGGACACCCCUAAGCGAUGUCAGCAACGUGCAACAACAUAGCGUGACAGCAAUCACUCCUGAUGGCGCAGAUGCGAAAAGGCAGCGUGUGAGUCAAUCGGAUCUCAGUGAUGUGGCCAGUAUCGAAAGUAGAAAUGGGGCAGCAGCCUCAUGAUCUUUCUCGGGCUGUUCAUUUGGCUGGGAGAGAAACUUCUGUUACAUGAUUAGGCAAUAAAAUGUACUCAAACCUGGAGUUUUUUGAGCGAAUUGGGAGGGAUGGAAUCGGGGGCUGGAAUCGCGGAUCUAUUUCGGCUUGUCUGCAGAAAUGAACACCAAAGAGAGAACAAGGCUAUCACCAAGACCAUUGAUGGGGUGUUAGCGGAAUUAGAUUGACCCUUAUGAAUACCUGUAUGAUUUCUAUCUGCC